AUGAAGUACUUCCUCGUCCUUGCAGCCUUGGCUGCUGGUGUCAUGGCUUAUGAAGCUGUGAGCAGUCCGCCAUGCAAUGAAUAUGAAGUCCACAAAGACUGCGGGUCCGCCUGCCACCCAACGUGCGAGACAUUCGAAGACGAUGUCAAUAUCUGCACCCUGCAAUGCGUCAUCGGGUGCUAUUGUAAAGAUGGACUGUAUAGGACAGAGGUAGCCAACAGCGGUGCUUGCGUACCAGGGGAUAAGUGUAAGCAGGGGCAAGGCGAUGGCCGGAGUGAGAGCGACUAUGGGGACGAGGGCGGGGACGAAGACGCGGGCGAAGAUGCGGAUGAAGAUACGUGGUCCUACUACUAG